CCCUUGCUGGCGCUCGCUCGUGUGGAGCGAUAUGGCGUCUUCUUGAAGCGUACAUACAUCGCAAGUAUUUUGUUGACAAGUGAUUUAAGAUGGCAGCCGACUCCACAGACAAGAAGGAUGCCGAAUCCUCAGGGACCAAAGACAGAGAGAGGAAACGUAGCCGUUCACGAGAACGAGAUCGUAAAGGCUCACCUUCUCGCAAAAGCCGUCGUUCUCGUGAACGAAAUCGCUCAAAGUCUCCAGAUAGAGAACGACGCAAAGACAAGGACAGAGACAAGGAGCGUGACAGAGAUAAGGACAGAGAGAGAGGCCGUAAGGACAGAGACAGCCAUCGACGUGAUAAAGAUCGCAGCAAAAGGUCCAGAAGUCUUUCUCCUAAGUCGAAAGACACCAAAUUAAAGAGAGAAAGGGAUAUAAAAACAGAAGAGGAGGAAGAUGAAAAGAAGAAGAAAGAGAAGGUCCAGCCUUUAUCUUUGGAAGAGCUUCUCGCCAAGAAGAAGGCAGAAGAGGAGGCAGAGGCGAAGCCCAAGUUCCUCUCCAAGGCAGAGCGAGAAGCUGAGGCUCUGAAACGGAGGGAGUUACAGACGGAGGAAAGGAGGAAGAUGCUGGAAGAUGAGAGAAAGAAGAGAAGGGUAUUCCAGGACAUGGGCAGAAAAAUGUUGGAGGACCCUCAGGAACGUGAAAGGCGAGAACGAAGAGAGCGAAUGGAGCGAGAGAACAACGGGAAUGAAGACGAUGACGGACGACAAAAGCUGAGAGAGGAGAAAGAUAAAAGCAAAGAACUUCAAGCCAUCAAGGAGCGUUACCUGGGUGGGCUGAAGAAGCGCCGGAGAACUCGUCAUCUGAACGACAGGAAGUUUGUGUUUGAGUGGGACGCCUCUGAAGACACCUCAGUCGACUACAACCCGAUUUACAAAGAAAAGCACCAUGUGCAGCUGUACGGACGAGGCUUCAUCGCUGGCAUCGACUUGAAGCAGCAGAAAAGAGAGCAGUCACGUUUCUAUGGUGACCUGAUGGAGAAACGGCGGACGCUAGAAGAAAAGGAGCAGGAAGAGACGAGACUGAAGAAGAUGCGUAAGAAGGAGGCGAAGCAGCGCUGGGACGACAGACACUGGUCUCAGAAGAAGCUGGACGAGAUGACGGACAGAGACUGGAGAAUCUUCAGAGAGGACUACAGCAUCACCACCAAGGGAGGAAAGAUCCCGAACCCCAUCAGGAACUGGAAGGAGUAUUCGCUGCCUGCACACAUCCUGGAGGUCAUCGACAAGUGUGGCUACAAGGAUCCAACACCUAUUCAGAGGCAGGCCAUUCCUAUUGGUCUACAGAACCGUGACAUCAUUGGUGUGGCUGAGACAGGUAGCGGUAAAACAGCUGCUUUCCUGAUUCCACUGCUCGUUUGGAUCACCACCCUGCCAAAGAUCGACAGGAUUGAAGAUUCAGAUCAGGGUCCCUAUGCUGUGAUUCUGGCCCCAACUCGUGAGUUAGCACAGCAGAUCGAGGAGGAGACCAUAAAGUUCGGUAAACCGCUCGGUAUCCGAACAGUGGCUGUGAUUGGAGGAAUCUCCAGAGAGGACCAGGGCUUCCGUCUCAGGAUGGGCUGUGAGAUUGUGAUCGCCACCCCCGGUCGUCUGAUCGACGUGCUGGAGAACAGGUACCUGGUCCUGGGCCGCUGCACAUACGUCGUCCUGGAUGAGGCUGAUCGUAUGAUUGACAUGGGCUUCGAGCCCGACGUCCAGAAAAUUCUGGAGUACAUCCCAGUGACGAAUCAGAAGCCAGACACAGACGAAGCAGAGGACCCUGAGAAAAUGAUGAUGAACUUUGAAUCUGGGAAACAUAAAUACAGACAAACGGUCAUGUUCACAGCCACUAUGCCUCCAGCUGUGGAGAGACUGGCCAGGAGCUACUUGAGACGUCCUGCUGUGGUGUACAUCGGGUCUGCCGGCAAACCUCACGAGAGAGUGGAACAGAAGGUGUUGCUGAUGUCAGAGGGAGAGAAGAGGAAGAAGCUGCUGGAGGUGUUGUCACAUGGCUUCGAGCCUCCCAUCAUCAUCUUCGUCAACCAGAAGAAGGGAUGCGACGUGCUGGCAAAGUCUCUGGAGAAGAUGGGGUACAAUGCUUGCACGCUGCACGGUGGCAAAGGCCAGGAACAGAGAGAGUUUGCACUCUCCAACCUCAAGGCAGGAGCCAAAGAUAUCCUGGUGGCCACAGACGUUGCUGGUCGUGGUAUCGAUAUCCAAGAAGUCUCCAUGGUGCUUAACUACGACAUGGCGAAGAACAUUGAAGACUACAUCCAUCGUAUUGGUCGUACGGGUCGUGCUGGUAAGAGUGGUGUCGCCAUGACCUUCCUCACCAAAGAGGACUCGGCGGUGUUCUACGACCUGAAGCAGGCCAUCCUGGAGAGUCCCGUCUCCACCUGCCCUCCAGAGCUGGCCAACCACCCGGACGCUGCGCACAAACCUGGAACCAUCCUGACCAAGAAGAGACGCGAGGAGACCAUCUUUGCCUAAAACUGGACCUUAUAUUCAGAACACAAACACACAUCAGGGUCUCAGACUGUUUCACCGUGUUGUAUAAUUCAUGUUUUUGGUCUCUAGGUAAUUUACACCCAUUUCUUUUGUUCCCUUUCCACCUUACCUCUGUCACUGUCUGUUUUUGUCUUUUCACCCAGUCUGUUGUUGUUACCAGGUGCAGAAAUAACCACAGCAUCAAUUUUGAGAUUUUAAGGCUCAACCGUGGGCCAUUUGUCAUCAAUGUGCGCAGGUUUUUACUCACAGACGUAUAAAUUUGGACUCAGUGUGAAAUGUUUUGCUUCUAUAAACAAGAAGUGAUGCUAUAACUGAUCUGCACUGUAUAAAGGCUACUCUUCAGAUAUCAAAUGUGAUAAUUAGCAGCCAGGAUGUGAGUGUAGACGAGUAGUUAUUACUGUGUUUCAUUCAUUUUCUGUUAGUUUGAGUUUCCUGACUGUUUAAGAGACCAAUGCCAGAGGUGACAGCCAUUUUCUUUUUGCUUUAGACACAUCCUCUGACUACGUUGAAAUCCAUCAUUUUAAAUAUAAACAUUUGUAAUGAAGUGAAAUACAGAAAAUUUGAGUGAUGUCUGACUCAUAAUUGUUUUAAAAAAUGUAUGAAAGAGA